CGUGUAAGGAGAAGAAAGCGGUCUGACGUUUAUAUAUUUAUUUUCUGCGCAUGGUUCUAAAUCCUGAUCCAGCUUCCCUUAAAUGCAGUUUUGGUUCACAAUCCGCCCUGCGCAGAGAGAGAGAGAGGGAGAGCGAGAGAAAGAGCGCUCCUCCUCCUCCUUCGUUCCUCUUCCCAAUACUCAUCCCGAAAGCCAAGGUAAUACGGUCCUCACGGCGGAGUCCUCUCAUCAUUUCUCCCCUCGCAUAAUGGAAACUGAAUGAAAGCAGCUGUGACACGCUCAGAGAAAUAACCAAAACCUACGACUUGCCAUUAAACUGCCCUGGAAGAAGGUCGUGUUUGUGUGGAUGGAGAAUUUUGAGUCGCACCCAUGUGCUACCUAUCCUCAUACACUCCCUCCCUUUCUUCUCUUUAGCUGGUAAAUGAGCUGAAGUCAAGCUGGUUGUGAAGGUGCUCGACUUCUUCCCCCCUACGCCCCAAGCCGGACACAGCAUGGCGGCGGGAGUAGCGGCAUGGCUUCCCUUUGCCCGGGCAGCAGCCAUAGGCUGGAUGCCUGUGGCCAAUUUGCCCAUGCCAGUAGCACCUGCUGAAAAGAACAAGAGGCAGGAUGAGCUCAUCAUUCUUAAUGUGAGUGGACGCCGUUUCCAGACCUGGAGGAACACUCUGGACCGCUAUCCAGACACACUGCUGGGCAGCUCAGAGAAGGAAUUCUUCUACAACGAGGAGACCAAAGAAUACUUCUUUGACCGGGACCCCGACGUGUUCCGUAGUGUGCUCAACUUCUACCGUACAGGCAAGCUCCAUUAUCCACGGUACGAGUGCAUAUCUUCCUAUGAUGAGGAGCUGGCUUUCUUUGGCAUUGUCCCAGAGAUCAUCGGUGACUGCUGCUACGAAGAGUACAAGGACAGGAAGAGGGAGAAUGCAGAGCGUUUGAUGGAUGACCAGGAGGACAACAAGGAUGCCAAGCUGCCCAAUAUGACCUUCAGGGAGACUAUGUGGCGGGCUUUUGAAAACCCUCACACUUCAACCAUGGCCCUUGUCUUCUAUUAUGUCACUGGUUUCUUCAUUGCUGUCUCUGUCAUUACCAAUGUGGUAGAGACGGUGCCCUGUGGCUCAGCGCCCAACCAGAAGGAAGUGCCAUGUGGCGAGCGCUACACCGUGGCCUUUUUCUGCAUGGACACGGCCUGUGUUAUGAUCUUCACCGUGGAGUACCUGAUGCGCUUGUUUGCUGCACCCAGCCGCUACCGCUUCAUGAGAUCCGUCAUGAGCAUCAUCGAUGUGGUGGCCAUCUUACCAUACUACAUUGGCCUGGUGAUGACUGACAACGAGGACGUGAGCGGUGCUUUCGUGACACUCCGUGUUUUCCGCGUGUUCCGUAUCUUCAAGUUCUCCCGUCACUCGCAGGGCCUUCGCAUCCUGGGCUACACACUGAAGAGCUGUGCCUCGGAGCUGGGCUUCCUCCUCUUCUCCCUCACUAUGGCCAUAAUUAUCUUUGCUACCGUCAUGUUCUACGCAGAGAAGGGUUCAAGCUCCAGCAAAUUCACCAGCAUCCCAGCCUCCUUCUGGUACACCAUCGUUACUAUGACAACACUCGGGUACGGAGACAUGGUUCCUAAGACGAUCGCGGGGAAGAUCUUUGGUUCAAUCUGCUCUCUGAGCGGGGUGCUGGUAAUUGCCCUGCCUGUCCCUGUCAUCGUGUCCAACUUUAGCCGCAUCUAUCACCAGAACCAGAGAGCAGACAAGCGGCGGGCGCAGAAGGUACAGAAAGCCCGUUUGGCCAGGAUACGAAUAUCCAAGACAGGAAGCUCCAAUGCCUUCCUACACAGCAAACGUAAUGGCCUGUUUAAUGAAGCUCUAGAGCUCACGCAACUUCCAUACAAGAUGAACCUUUCGGAUCAGGGUUCCACUGAGGAUGAGAAACGCUUAAGCAAGUCUACCUCUCUUUUAGAGAGCCAGCAUCACCACCUGCUGCACUGCUUGGAGAAAACCACAAACCACGAGUUUGUGGACGAGCAGUAUUACCAGCAGAGCUACCUGGAAGGCGGGCUGCAGAAUUACCCGUCCCGAAGCCCCUCCCUUUCCAGUCAAGACGGUGUGACGGGGACGUGCUGCACCCGGCGAACCAAGAAGCACCACACCCCUUUACCGAACGCCAGUGCCCCAGCACACAUGCAGCCUUUGACGCACACUCACACGCACCCACAAGGCUUGCAGGAGCUCAGCACCAUCCACAUCCAGCCUCUCAGCACCAGCCGCUCCAGUCUGAACAUGCGCGUAGAUGAGCCAGCCCCUCUGAACUGCCAGAGCAGCCAGAUCACCACAGCAAUCAUCAGCAUUCCCACGCCCCCAGUGACGACUCCGGAGGGUGACGCUCAUCUGCCGGCAGGCCCCGCCCACCAAAAUGUUGUGAAGGUGUCCGCACUGUGAAGACUAGAGUGCAGGCGCGUCACACAGAAAGACAGAUUUAAAAGGAAAAAAAACUAAUCGAGACAGACGGAGGGACGGAAGAGGACAGAACGACGGAGGAGAGAAAGCGUUCAGAGUCCUGGUCUGGCCUUGGUUGAGCCUGCCCUCUGCUGGUCAUGUACUGUAACGACAUGGACUCCCCGUGUGGACGGAGGAUGGCUUUUAGAUACAGUGUCGUCAUGUUAGUGGUUGGCGUACGUGUUCGUGCGAGUGAAAGAGUGAGAAACCCCUGUAGGGAGUCGUUUUAGAUAAGCGGGUGAGUGAGUGAGUGUCUCCCAAGUGUCAGUGGUGAGCUCCCCGAGUAAGUCAUGUGUCACUGUGCACAAAGCACCUUUUCUUAUGAUUUACGCUUCAGUUUGACGUUUUUAGCUGGAGAUGUAAGGAAACCUCAAAGGGAAACAAAGAAAUAACAAUAAUAAGACGUAAUCAACCCACCGCCUCGUCGUUUGUUUUCUGAAGUUGUAAUCUCUCCAUAGAUAAAUAUGGCUCCAAUCCUUUUCAGCUCCAAUAUUAUUCCAAUUUGAGUAAAAUUCCAAAAAGAUUCUGAUGGUUUUCAUAUUUUCAUAUUUGUGAAUGGGUGCGUGUGAAUUUAUUUUUUAUUUUUGGGGGCUAGAUAGAGGAAUUGUGAUCUUUUGGAUAGAAGGUGUGUGUGCGUGUCUUUGUUCCUCAGCUGAUUGAAAACUUGUGUUUCAGUUCUUCUGAAAGUCUCUGUGGCUCAGUAUGUGGUAUAUUUGACUAGCUGCCACUCUGAAGGGUUCAGCACACACAUUUCUGUCCAAAGUUCUCAGCUACAAGGCUUUUACACGACAUGUGCCUGUUCUGCUGGAGUUUAAAGAUAUUUAUUCGUUUUUUUCUAGCUUUCUGAAUUUCUCCACGUUCCCCGUUCAUUCCCACUUUUCGGCUCUUCCAGCCUGACGGACCUCAAAUAUCUCGAUUUCCCUGAUGUAGAAACCAAAAAGUCUAUUUUUAAUUCAAAACCAUCACAAUUAAAAGCACAAGGCGUUCGCUGAGAAUUUCCGACACAAAUCUGUCCUGAGCCUGGGAUCUUUGUGAAUAUUGUUAAUAGAAUAUUUUGUAAUAUUUGACCAUUGUUUGGCAGAACCAGUGAAGCUGUCCUCUCGUUCUCUCUCUUUGCCUCACUCUGUCUUUCUCUCUGCUCUCUCUGCAUUUCUCUCGCUCUCGUUGUUGUCCCGUUGUAUCCCUUCCUCCUGUGUGAACAACAGUAUGCUUUCAGUAGUCUUUCUAGCCGUCGACGUUUUUUCUCCCCCAAACUCAGCGGGCAUUUUUUUUUGAAGUUGUUGAGUAUAUGUACUCUAUGUGGUUAGGAAACUUGGUGUUUGUACCUUUUGUCCUCCUUGGUGUUUCAGAUGAUUUAUUUACUUUAUCUUCUGGAAAAAUUAAAGCAGGGAAGUCUGUUGUAACGGUGACCGCAGAGACACGAGGACACUGGAUGAGCUUCAACAGAUGUCUGUCACCAAAAAAAAAAAAAGAGUGUUGUUCUGUCUGUUCCCUUGAAGACCGAUAUGUAUUAUUUCUCAUCUAAUCCCAUCAAAGUUGAGCUUUGUAACUCUGGAUUAUGACUUUUUUUAAAAAUCUUGAAUGUCAUUUUUGGGUUCAGCGACCCCAAAGAGAAGUCUGUCUUCAUGUGGAUUUUCACCAAAAGAGGAAAGAGCAGACCAACCACCCGCUUUGCUCAGUGUAGAUAAAA